AUGGCCUCCGGCCAACCUUUCGCGUCACGCUCAUACGCCGGCACGAAGCUCCCAGAACGCUCCGUCAACACAAACGCCAUGCCCUUCAGUGCCUCAUCAUUCUCACGGCAUCGAGGCCUAGGAAACACCGCCCAAAAUGACUUCCCCGAAGCCCCGAAGCAGCAGCAACCUGCGCCCGCAACAAACGCACAGUCUCACGGCCCAGCGCAGGACGCGAAUCCGCUGAACCGCUUGACCGAGGAGCAGCGAGAGGAAAUCAACGAAGCUUUCACCCUCUUUGAUCUCGACCGCGACCGCCACCUUGACUACCACGAGCUCCGUGUCGCUUUUCGCGCUCUAGGCUUCACACUCAGCAAACAAGAGCUGAUCUCCCUCCUCACAACCUACGGUGUCCCACGCCCGCAAGUCCAACAACAGCAAGCAAAUGGCCAGCCUACAUCCAACAAGGGCCCCGUCUCGAACCCGCAACACCCGUCCAACUUGCUCAUGCCGCUGUCGUCUUUCCAGGCCGUUACAGCGCUAAAGAUCCUUGAGCGAGAUCCGCGCGAUGAGAUUCUGCGAGCCUUUGAGCUUUUCGACGAGGGUGGCAAGGGAUAUAUCGAUCUUGAGGAUUUGAGGCGCGUUGCACGGGAGUUGGGCGAGACGGGACUUGAGGAAGAGGAGCUAAGGGCUAUGAUUGAGGAGUUUGAUCUUGAGGGGGCUGGAGGUGUUACUAGAGAGGCUUUUGUUGGUAUUUGUUGGCAGUGA